UCCACGUGCGAAAAGCUCCGGACUCGUGCAGUCAGGGACGCCGCAGACUCCCGGAUCCUAGAAACUCACCGCUUGCCAUGAAGCCAGGCUUCAGUCCCCGUGGGGGCGGCUUCGGUGGCCGAGGGGGCUUUGGUGACAGAGGUGGUCGUGGCGGAGGCCGUGGAGGCCGAGGAGGCUUUGGUGGAGGCCGAGGAGGCUUUGGUGGAGGCCGAGGUCGAGGUGGAGGCGGAGGCUUUCGGGGACGAGGAGGAGGAGGAGGAAGGGGUGGAGGUUUCCAGGCUGGGGGCAACAGGGGUCGUGGCCGGGGAGGAAAGAGAGGAAACCAGUCAGGGAAGAAUGUGAUGGUGGAACCUCACCGGCAUGAAGGUGUCUUCAUUUGUCGUGGAAAGGAAGAUGCACUCGUCACCAAGAACCUGGUCCCUGGAGAAUCUGUUUAUGGGGAGAAAAGAGUCUCCAUUUCGGAGGGAGAUGACAAAAUUGAGUACCGAGCAUGGAACCCCUUCCGCUCCAAGCUGGCAGCGGCAAUCCUGGGCGGCGUGGACCAGAUUCACAUCAAGCCAGGAGCCAAGGUGCUCUACCUGGGGGCAGCCUCAGGCACCACAGUCUCCCACGUCUCUGACAUCGUAGGCCCGGAUGGUCUUGUCUAUGCAGUCGAGUUCUCCCACCGCUCUGGCCGUGACCUCAUCAACUUGGCCAAGAAGAGGACCAACAUUAUUCCUGUGAUUGAGGAUGCUCGACACCCACACAAAUACCGCAUGCUUAUCGCAAUGGUAGAUGUGAUCUUUGCUGAUGUGGCCCAGCCAGACCAAACCCGGAUUGUGGCUCUGAAUGCUCACACCUUCCUGCGUAAUGGAGGACACUUUGUGAUUUCCAUUAAGGCCAACUGCAUCGACUCCACAGCCUCAGCUGAGGCCGUGUUCGCCUCCGAAGUGAAGAAGAUGCAGCAGGAGAACAUGAAGCCCCAGGAGCAGUUGACCUUAGAGCCAUACGAAAGAGACCACGCUGUGGUUGUGGGCGUGUACAGGCCACCUCCCAAGGUGAAGAACUGAAGCCAGAUGCUGCCUGGAUUCUUAGAUGUGUGUUGCUACUGUUGCACGUGUGAUUUUUUUUUUUUU